CUGGCGCAUCGUUUAUGGCCUCUGGCUCUGCAGGACACACGUGUGCUUCAUUCCCUGCUGGCACUUCUGACCAAUCUCUCUGCCGAUUGUCCUUCGGCAGCCUCAGCCUUGGCUGCAAAUACAGCACUUAGUCGAGCUCAUCCUAUUACCUGCCUUCUAGCAGCUAAUCAAAACGAUUUGGGAUCUGCGCGAUCAGGUGCAUCUGCACGAAACCGCUCAUCGACCGGUAUUUUUUCAGGUCGAAGUUCUCCAGGAUACCUGAUGAUGAUGGAUGCCCCGGGUGCACCAACCACAACCCAGUCUCUUGUGCAUCAGAGCUGGAAUCAGUUGNAGUCCAACGCUUCCGGAAGCAGUGGUUUAUCGGAAAUGCGUUUCGAACAAGAGGUCACAACACGCUAUGUCUAUCAGCUGUUGGCUAAUUUAGUCUGGGCACCAGAGGCGCGUAGUGCACUUUUGAAAACCAAGCUGCUGGCACGCUUUCCGGAUUUGGACGCACGGGUGUUAGUCAAGUCACGGCGCGGACAAUUCGUUCUCUCCUUGUGGAUGCAACUGUUAACCAGUCUGUCGUUCACCAAACAGGGUCAACAAAUGCUGUUCACCCAACCACGUAUGUCAGAUGCGCUAACCGCUUGUGUUUUCUACUCGAAAUCCGGUCCAAUUCGAGAAGCGGCACUCCUAACAUUGCGCAAUCUGUGCACCAGCUCCACGUUCAAAUCCCGUCUUCUCACUGGUGAUACACAUGUGCUUAACUGUGUACGCGAUCUGAUAUCUGACCCUAAUGGGGUACACAAUCGGUCGGGCAGUCUGAUGGCAAUCGCUGUGAGCACAAUUGAGGCCCUGAUCUACGGCAAUGAAAAGGUUCGCGCCCUGGUCCGUUCCAGUGGAUUAUUACGUCACUUGACUCAGUUAUGGACUACUUGUCAAAAGAUCCCCGACUUGAACUAUCUGGUCCCGAAAAUUGAACAUGUAAUGAACCUUUUGCAGAACUAA